UUCUCCCAGGGAUAGCUUUGGCUCUUAGAAUGUGUAAUUUUUAUUUGCCUCUGUCUCUGGAAGCUUGCUGGCUUCUCCACUACAGAUGAGAAUAGAUUCUUAGAAAGGCAGCAGGUUGGCAUUUUGAAGGAGCAAGCAUGGAAGAAAAUAGAGAGGGCUAUGGCCUUACAGAGGGCAAGAUUUUGUCUAUCUGGAUGAUUUUGUUCCUGGUGUUAGUUUUGUUGCCUUCGAUGUUUAGAGUGUCACUGGGGAUUUCUCAUUUCUAUGUGAAAAUUGUAAUAAAAAUGUUAGAGUGGGCCACCCUGCAGACUGAGGAGGGAGUAAAAAAGCAGAAGGCGCUGGCACUUGAAAAUUUAAUCUCCACUGGGAUCAUCCAGAGAGAGGAAACCUCCAUGGAGGAGGAGAUCGCUGGCCAUCACCGAGGAUGCUUCAACCUUGCUGAUGUUAUGUACUUCUCCAAAAAGGGGUGUGAGGUAGUUGCAGAAGACGAAGUCACCCACCGGUUCUCCUCAGAGGAGCUGGUGUCCUGGAAUCUCCUCAGCAGAAACAAUGCCAACUUGCACCACAUCAGCUGGCAACUGAGCAUGGUGUGGGUUAUUGGGAUCCUGAUUCGGUAUUGCCUCCUGAUGCCUUUUCGUGUCUGCUUGGCUGUUUUCAGCAUCCUCUUGCUGGUCUUGGCCACUACAGUAGUAGGACAGUUUCCAAAUGGCAGAGUUAAAUGCUGGCUGAGCAAUCAGGUUCAGAUGAUGUGUGCCACGUUAGGCGUCCGAUGCCUGAGCGGUCUUGUGCAUUUCCAUAACAGGGAAAACAGACCUCAGGAAGGAGGCAUCUGUGUAGCCAACCACACGUCUCCACUGGAUGUUCUAAUCCUGGCUUGUGAUAGAUGCUAUUCCUUGGUCGGCCAGGCACACGGAGGGCUUCUGGGGCUUAUUCAAAAAUCUUGCAUGCAAACCUCUCAGCAUGUUUUGUUUGAACGCUCAGAAAUGAAAGACCGUCAUCUGGUGAGGAAAAAAAUUAGAGAACACAUUGCAGAUAAAGCCAAAUUACCCAUUUUAAUUUUCCCAGAAGGUACCUGCAUAAACAACACAUCAGUAAUGAUGUUUAAGAAGGGAAGCUUUGAGGUAGGAGGGACCAUCCAUCCAGUAGCAAUCAAGUAUGACCCCCGCUUUGGAGAUGCGUUCUGGAACAGCACAAAGCAUUCCAUAAUGACCUAUAUUUUUAAUUUGAUGACCAGCUGGGCUAUUGUCUGUAACGUGUGGUACUUGCCACCAAUGGUCAAAGAGGAAGAAGAAGAUGCUGUUCACUUUGCCAACAGAGUCAAGGCUGUCAUUGCUGCUCGGGGAGGAAUGUCAGUGCUUCCGUGGGACGGGGGACUGAAAAGGAAAAAGGUCAAUGAGUCUUUCAAGGAAGAGCAACAGAAAAAAUAUUGCCAGAUAGUAAUAGAAAAUGGAUCUGUGGGAAAUGGAAAUGUUUGUUGAAUGGUAUUUAUUUUAUCUAAUUUUUCUAUGACUUAUCUCCACCAAAAAAGGGCUAUUUUUUUUAUACUAAACCCGACAUAUUUUCCUUAUAUCCCUGUAAGAUAUUUUGCUUAUGACACAGCAGGGAGACCAUCAAGAGAUAGUAUUUUGUAUUAAAUAAGGGUAUGAUUUUAUACAAAGGAAGAUUUACAAUAUACUGGUAAAAUACUUUCUGACAUUGAGUGCGAAGAAUCUGCAAUAAAAUUACUUAAGUUCAUUGAAA